GAGCUGACUGACUGGCUGGCUUAAAUUCACUGGUUCAAUGUUUCAUCGACUACGCUUGACAAUAUAUCUUUCAUUGGAUAUUUUUUUAACGACACCUGGAUCUGAAUCGUUUAAGAUAAACCUAAAUUGAUUAAAUUUUGUAACACUAAAAAACAGGUAUCCCAUGAUCAAGAUGAAUUGGUUAGGUGUUGUAAUUCUACUAUCACUUAACCUGGUAUGUUGGUGUUUUUAUUUACCAGGCCUAGCUCCAGUCAAUUAUUGUGAAAAAAGUCAAGCUACGGAGACUUGUAAAUCUGAAGUUAAGUUAUAUGUUAAUCGUUUGGACUCAGAAGAAUCUGUCAUUCCUUAUGAAUAUAACCGUUUCGACUUCUGUCAAGCUCAUGACAAAGAUUCUCCUGUUGAAAACCUUGGUCAAGUUGUCUUUGGUGAGCGCAUAAGAUCAUCUCCAUAUAACAUUUCAUUCCUUAAGAAUGAAGAUUGUAAACUACUCUGUGUGAAAAAAUACGAAUUUGGUAGUAAUGCUGACUCAGAUGAAGAGAAAUUAAACUUUCUAAUGAAAGGGAUGCUAAAGAAUUAUGAACAUAGUUGGAUAAUUGACAAUAUGCCAGUUACUUGGUGUUAUCCUGUUGAAGACGACCACCAAUAUUGUUCAGUAGGAUUUCCAAUGGGUUGUUAUGUUGAUAGCCAGGGUAACCCUAAGGAUGCCUGUGUUAUGAAUCCUGCUUACAAAAAAGCAGACACAUUCUAUUUAUUCAAUCAUGUUGAUCUGCAGAUAACUUAUCAUUCAGGGGCUGAUGAAGCUUGGGGCGGUGGAUUUGGCAGCAAAGGUGGACGAAUUACCCGGAUACGAGUAACUCCUAGAAGCAUAAAACAUGUAGUCUCAUCUGAUCCUAAAAAUCCAAUUGACUCAAAAAGUUGUGGCUCUAGUACUACUCCUAUGGAAAUCAAAGCAAGACAUCCACGCAACGAACCCAUCACUAUCUAUUACACGUAUUCAGUAUUGUUUAUGGCUGACAACUCAAUAAAAUGGUCUUCUCGUUGGGAUUAUCUUUUAGAAUCAAUGCCUCACACAAACAUUCAAUGGUUCAGUAUCUUGAAUUCAUUGGUAAUAGUAUUUUUCCUCACCGGUAUGGUAGCUAUGAUCCUGUUGAGAACCCUACACAAAGAUAUCGCAAGGUAUAAUCAAAUUGAUUCAGAGGAUGAUGCCCAAGAAGAAUUUGGUUGGAAACUAGUUCAUGGAGAUAUUUUCAGAUCUCCCCACCAUUCCAUGCUGUUGUCUGUUUUUCUUGGAAGUGGAGUUCAAGUUUUCUGUAUGACAAUAACUACUCUAUUCUUCGCUUGCUUAGGAUUCUUGUCACCUGCAAAUAGAGGAGCUUUAAUGACUUGUGCGAUGGUCAUGUUUGUGUGUUUGGGAACUCCAGCAGGCUAUGUUUCUGCUCGUCUGUAUAAAAGUUUUGGUGGUUACAAAUGGAAACUGAAUGUACUUUUGACAGCUCUUCUCUGUCCCGGAAUAGUAUUCUCAAUAUUUUUUGUGCUUAACCUGCUUCUUUGGGCUAAAGGUAGUUCGGCAGCUAUUCCAUUCACCACCUUAAUUGCUCUUCUUGCUAUGUGGUUCGGCGUCUCUUUACCUCUAACUUUUGCUGGCGCAUAUUUUGGUUUUAAAAAACGAGUAAUUGAACAUCCAGUUCGUACCAACCAAAUACCCAGACAGAUACCAGAACAAUCGAUAUACACGCAGCCCAUACCUGGAGUGAUAAUGGGAGGAAUCUUGCCUUUUGGAUGUAUAUUCAUUCAAUUAUUCUUCAUUUUAAAUAGUAUCUGGUCAAAUCAAAUGUAUUACAUGUUUGGUUUUCUUUUCCUCGUUUUCAUCAUUCUCGCUAUAACUUGCAGCGAAACAACCAUUUUGCUUUGCUAUUUUCAUCUCUGUGCAGAAGAUUAUCAUUGGUGGUGGCGAUCAUUCCUAACGAGUGGAUUCACUGCAUUUUAUCUAUUUCUUUACUGCAUACACUUUUUUAUGACCAAAUUAACAAUUACAGGCACUGUUUCAACCAUUCUGUACUUUGGGUAUACUUUAAUCAUGGUUUUCCUAUUUUUCUUGUUGACUGGAACAAUCGGUUUCUUUGCAAGCUUCUGGUUUGUGCGAAAAAUUUAUAGCGUUGUGAAGGUUGACUAAUUUAUCCUUUUUCUUUACUAUGGUAUUAAAACCGAUAACAAUCAUGAUAAUUUAUAUAAACUGUGUAAAGCUCCCUUAUUUUCUAUCUCUUGUCUCUAAAUCAUGUAGAAAUGGGGCAAAAUUAGUUGUAAUCGAUUAAUACAUAAAUAAAAAAUUAAUCAAAAUA